AUGUUGGCGGAACUGUCAGACCGCUUGGCCCCCUCUUGCCUUUUCAUCUCUACACUUUGUCAUAGAAUCUAUUCUUAUCACACUGCCAUGAGCGAUUCAGAACUUCAAGACUGGCCAAGGGAUGUCGGAGAGGCGUUCAAGGACGGGUUCCACCGCACAGGCCAGUUCGCUGCCAACUCGGACUUUGCAGCCGAAGACAAACUUGGCAACGGAGCCGAUUGCGUAACAGCAGUGGACAGAUACAUCGAAGAGACGAUUUUCACGCGUCUGCGCGCUGUCUACCCGACGCACCAGUUUGUCGGCGAGGAGACAACAGCCGAGCACGGCAACGGCUACAAGGUCACGGACCAGCCCACAUGGAUCGUGGACCCGGUCGACGGCACCAACAACUUUGUGCACCAUUUUCCCUAUACAGGCAUCAGCAUUGGUCCUGGCGAUCAACAAGCAGCCGGUGGUCGGCGUCCUGUACCUGCCGGUAUUGGGCGAGCUGUACACGGCGGUGCGCGGACAAGGCGCGACUCACUGACCCGCCUGUUGCUCGACAAGGAGGACGGCGGCGCGUGCGUCCAGAAUCUGCGCGUAAUCGGUGCCGCUGCGCCCGACCUUGCCCUGGUUGCCAAGGGCUCGGCCGAAAUCUACUGGGAGUGCGGGCCCCACGCCUGGGAUUUUGCUGCGGGCGCCUUGCUCGUUACGGAAUCCGGUGGCGCCGUGUUUGAUGGCGCCGGGUUCUGGGGCUCCGAUGUGCCCGAGAAUGACCGCGUGCCCAAGCCGCUGGACCUGUGGAAGCGCAAAAUCGUCGCCGUCAGGUAUAUCCCUGAUCUGGACGGGCAGCCGGGCAGCGGUAGGGAACUGCAGCGCAAGCUGGCCAAGGAGCUGCUCGAUGUUGUCGAGGAUAUUGACUAUCCGGCGGAUGGGUGCCAGUGAAAUGCAUGUUUCCUCGGAAGGCUAAUAGAAUAAGCUUACCCUUACAUGAUGGCUUUGAUAGCGGUACUCAAUUGGAUGUCUAUAUGGCCAAGUCUUUGUAUAUUACCAGGGGGAGUGCCAUGCUGCUUAUAUGUAAGGCGAAUGCCCAUUCUUUUACCCUCAACUAUCCGCCACAGCUGCAAAGCAGGCAGCACUCCAGCCUGGUACUAUUCACGCAAGAAAUCGCUCCAUGGGAGGGGUGUUUCAAAGCCUGCCCAAUUACUACGCCCGUUAUGUUCGCAAUUCUGCUACUGAAUAUCGGAAUGGGGAAAUAAAAAAACGAUAGCCUGGCCAUCUCUCAAUCUCUGGGCCCU